UCGGCGAGGUACGGACGUGUUUAUGCGGGUGCGCAGCGUGUAAAUUUUGAUUGAACAAAUCCACUAAUUAAUAAACAUUAACAUCGUUGCCAUUAAUUGUUGAAUACGAAUUGCGUCUAACAGCAUUUUGAAAGCGCAACUGUACAAGCACCUGUCGUUGUCUUUCUCUGAGUAGGAGUCGUGCGCGCGUCGCUUAGCUGCAGUCGGAGACGGAGACGGCCACAGUUGAAUAUUUAAAAGUUUACCCGCUUGCAAUUAGUGAAAAAGUGUUAACUGUGUGUUCGUGUGUGCGUGCGUGUGUCUGUGUAUAUAUAUAUACGAAAAUCAGCGACGAAGCAAACCAGUUAGUUGCCAUCCAGUUGUAACAGAUUUUUGUUCAAAUCUCAGUAGCUUUGCAGUGUUAAAUGUUAAUCCUGGCCACACACACACAUACCCAACAAUAGUUCAAAUAGAUUCCAAUUCUUGGCAAAUAGUUUUUAAGCUGUGUUUGCCAGCCGAUCGCUAUGCGAAACUAAUAAUCGACUGUAUCAAGUGUUGCUAAAUUCUAAAAAUCUGUGUGUCCCCCGAUUCCCACUCAGAAAGUGUACUGAAACAGCGAGAAGAUGAAUAAAACUUGUGCCCGUUGCCAAAAGGUGGUUUAUCCCAUUGAGGAGCUCAAAUGCCUGGAUAAGACAUGGCACAAAACGUGUUUCAAAUGCACAGAAUGCGGAAUGACGCUCAAUAUGAAAACCUACAAGGGCUACAACAAAAUGCCAUACUGCGAGGCGCACAUACCCAAGGCCAAGGCAACGGCAAUUGCUGAUACGCCCGAGCUGAAGCGCAUCGCGGAAAAUACGAAACACCAAUCGAAUGUGAAAUACCACGCUGACUUUGAGAAGGCCAAAGGCAAAUUUACACAGGUGGCAGACGACCCGGAAACGCUGCGAAUCAGGCAAAACACGAAGCACAUAUCGAAUGUGGCAUAUCAUGGCGAUCUGGAGAAGAAGGCCGCCAUGGAGAAGCAGCGCGGCUCUGCGGAGGUCUCCGACAGCAGCAACGAAUCGGAAUAUUUCUCUGAGCAAUUGGCAGCUGAACAAUUAUCGCAAUAUGCACCCACAGCCUCGCCCAUACCGCCAGCAACACUGCAGCAGCAUCAGCAGCAACAUCAACACCAACAACAACACCAACAACAACACCAACAACAACAACACCAACACUAUGUGCAACAGCAACAACAACAUACGCUGCCGCCGCCACCCAUACAACACCAGCAAUACAACACGGCGGCAAUUACGCCCACAUAUCAACACCAACAUCUGCAGCUGACACAGCAGCAGCAGCAACAGCAGCUACUGCAGCAGCAACAGCUGGCUGAUCCAUACGCACUCUACCAACAGACGCAGGCGUUGCGCCAGCAACAGUUGCUGCAGCAGCAGCAGCAGCAACAGCAGCAACAUGCCAUUAAACAAGCCUCACAUCUGUAUCCCACAGCAACAUCGCAGCCACAACAACAACAGCAGCAGCCGCCACAGCAGCAGCAACCCACACCGCAGCAAUCACAGCCGCAGCAACAACAACAACAACAGCAGCAGCAGCCGCAGGCGGUUAAUAGCUACAAUCAGCUGCGCUCGGCUAUUUUGCAGAAUUCACAUCAUCCCAGUGGCAAUGCUGCGGAUCAGUUUGAUCAUAGUCAGAACUCGGCAACGGCCUUGCAGCAGCAGCAAAUGCAACAGCAGUUGCAGCAACAUCACUCACAGCAGCAGCUGAAACAGGCGAGCCAGCAGCAGCAGCUGCAGCAGCAGCAUUCGCACAGCAGCCUGUUGAACAACAAUGCAAGCAACGGCAGCAUUCACAGCAACAGCAGCAACAACAACAACAACAAUGGCGGCGGCCUGGCACAUCCGCAUCCGGCCAGCCUCAGCUAUACACAGCAGCAGCAGCAGCAACAACAGCAACAAUCACGCUCGCAGGCGAGCCUGCACAGCAACAACAGCAAACAUCAGCUGCAGCUACAGCAACAGCAGCAGCAGCAACAGCCGCAACAAAAACAGCAGCAGCAGCAUCAGAGCAACACGAAUGUGCAACAGUUGUAUGUGGCACCCAACUACAGUCCGGUUACGCCCUCGGAGAACGCUAUAGGCGCCAAGCUUCAGGCCAGCAAUGGCCAUUUGCCCGUCGUGGCGAGCGCCACUGCGCAGCAGAACAGCAGCAACAACAUUGGCAAAAUCGCCGACUACGAUCCGUUGACGGAUGGACCGAGGCCGAUGCCCAGCACCGGACGUUCCAGCACAACACUGGUGUACAGCUCCGAUCAGCGCGGCGCCGCAGGCGUGGGUAACAGCGUGUAUCCCAAGCGCAUUGGCUCCAUCACGGACAUAGAUCCCGCUAAUGGCAUUUACGGCUCGCUGAGCAGCGCCGAGCAGGCGCAGGCCCAGAAGCAGCAGCAAUACUAUCAGCAGGUCCAAAUGAUGCAGCAGCAGGAGCAACAGGUGCGCCAACCUCCGGCUUCACUCCAGGAGAAACACUCGCGCCAGGGCAACCUGCGCGUCUAUCGCGCCAUUUACGACUAUGAGGCGCAGGACGUGGACGAGGUUAGCUUUCGUGAGGGCGACGUUAUCUUUGAGGUGGAAUCGAUUGACUCCGGCUGGAUGACCGGGCGUGUGGAGCGCACCGGCAAGACCGGCAUGCUGCCCGCCAACUACGUGGAGCAGGCGGUUAUAUAA